GGGGGUUAUGAUGGGUAGCAAGAUGGCAUCUGCCAGCAGGGUCGUUCAGGUAGUCAAGCCACAUACUCCAUUAAUAAGGUUUUUUGACAGAAGAGACUAUCCUAAACCCAAUGUGUCUGAAGCUUUGGGAUCAGCAGGGCUACCUUCUCACUCUUCUUCAAUGUCACAGCAUUCUAAGGGAAGUAAAGCACCAGAUUGGCUGAUGCACCAGGGCCCACCAGAUGCUGCAGAAAUGAUCAAAACAUUACCUCAGAAGUACAGAAGGAAACUUGUUUCUCAAGAAGAAAUGGAAUUUAUCCAACGUGGAGGUCCAGAAUAAUCACUCAGAAUAUGACUGCUGUUUGUCAUCAGACAAAAGAAUGAUCUUUACAAUAAAGGACUUCCAAAAUGAC